CAGCCACAAAAUACCCCUAAUACCAAGGUGUUAUCUCUUCUCGGACAGCCAGCCCUCCUUAGGUGACUUCAAGAUGUAAAGAGAAAGAUUGUUGAUACUAUGUUUCUUGUAUUUAGGCAGAAAAUAUGUACGCUGGAGGGCUAGGGAUCUGCUCCAGAGUAGGCGGCAAGACAGCCAUUCACAAUAAGUAACAUCACGGACGCCAGCAUCACACAGGUCAUUGAGGUCUUUGGUAUAUUCCAACAACAUUGUCACAACUCAUACUCUGCAGCCCCUCGCUCGGAUUUGGAACGGAGUAUCUACCUAUUCAAACAACUCCUUUGGUGCCCUCCCCGUUAUCGCUUUUGUCGUCACGGCAUGCGGGAUUGAACAUCAAGCUACCUCGACUCCUUCCUGGUCAUUUAAUUGACAGUAUUGUUGUUAUGCCUAUCAAACACCUCUUUUCAUCAUCAAGUUGGCGUCCUCAGGCCCCGUUGCUGCCUGACCAUCUGUUGAUAUUUCAGAGCUCUUGCUGCUCUUCAGUCAGUUCUCGAUUCUGGUGUGCCAUUCUCAACGUUUACCAAAUUCCUUAUUGGCGUACAGACUCAUUCAGGCCUUUGCUCUACCUACUUCGACUCAAACCACGCGAUCUCAUUCUAGUGGCUAGAGGUUCUAUCUCUCCGCCAUCCUCGAACCCCUGAAAUGUCUGCGGGACACGGAGGCUGCAGAUGCCUAGUGGAGGGGUACGAUCAAUGUCUAUGCAGAUUUUGUGUCCGAUGCGGGAGUUUUGGUCAUAAGGCCAUUCACUGCAAAAGGAAAUCUCAUGAGGGACGAAGUGGAGGGUACCUAAGGGGUUCACAUCCUACAAAAAUGACGGCGAUGAAUGAUCCUGAUCUCACUGAUACUCACCGAGAAGAUUCCCCCACAGUGCCAAUAGCCAUAGCGCAAGUGUCAAAUGCAUCGAAAAAUGACUGCUCGCCACAGAAAUCAACAACCGAUGAAAUUCCAACCGCCAAACGACGAAACUGGAGUGAGGUGGCCGGCAGUCAAAUUGAGACCCUGAAUCUAGGACCCGUCGAUCGGACCUCCAUCCUAGAGCAUUUGAUUUCAAAAGUGCGCCUCGAAAUGAACGAAAGGUACUCUUCUGUACUCGAGGAGUACGAUGUUGCUAGAAUACUCGAAGACAGCUUGAGUCCAGCUGUGAAGGAUAUUUGUGAACAAGGCAAAUUUGAUCUAGCCAGCCUCUUGGAAAUUGGACAGGACCCAGAAACGAAAACAGAAGCUGGUGUCUAUCUCCACAUUCUAUGGAGAGAGGAUGAAACGACGACACGAUUUUGGCUUUACGUCGGCCAAGCAUGUGUGCUGUGUCUGAGAAUCCAGAAACACAAGGAUCCUAGGCAUCGUUGGAAGAAUAUGGGACUACACUACGCAGUGUGGGACUCUGCCGUGGAUAUGAAAUCAGCCUUUGUCACUCUGGCUAUCCUCGAUGCCCCAUCUUCCACUCAGACGCAGCUAGUUCUUAACCUAGCAGAGAUGUGGAUGUGCCUAGUAUUCCAAACACUGACUUCCCUUCACCUAGGCUCCUGGUUGCCGGAAAACACAAACGCUAUGUGGUCGGGUAAUCAUCUCAAUGUUGCAUUGCCAUUAUGGCAAGGAUUCACAGAUACCCAAGAGAACAAAGAUAUCACUGACGCAAUUGGCGGCAGAUCAACCUUUCAACAAUAUCUUGCAUCCGAGGAUCCAGUUAUUCGGGCAUGGGCAGAGCAAACCAGGGAUGCGUUCAACGACAUACGAAACUCCCCUGACCCGGGAAUCAGGAAUUACUGGUGGGAUCUUCACAAGGAGCGUAUCCUUAAGGCACAGGACACCUGGGGUAAAAAGAAAGCCAGCAUGGCUAAGCAGCACCUCGAAGGGGCCAAAGCUCUUGUUACAUUGCAUUCCGGAAACCAUGGAAACCAUCAAACUGAGGUCAGAGCUGGCAGUUUCAGGUUCACUGUUUCACAAACGCUUGGGCUUGAUCUCCACAACGGCGACGAAGUUAUUCUCCAAUAUCAUCUGACCCCGACCCCACACCCACACGCUUAUGCUCUUUCUGCUUUGAAAACAGAUCCUGCUACCCGCUUGGGGGUUUCUAUCCGUGGUCAGGAUAGCCAUGGAGAUUUUCAUUGCUGGCUAAAAGCGACUGGGGAGUACAAUUUACGAAAAAUGAACACACUCGUGGACAUUCUGGAAGGCUAUUCCACAGAGGAAAGCCAGGGGUUCAAGAGACGCUGGUUUGUUACCAAGUCUUUAAAUACACCAGAUAGUGAUCCUCCAGGGAGAAAUAGGUACACUUGAUAUUAGAAGACUGGAAUUUUCAGAGUUCGGAAUUGCAAAGCCAAAGAAU